CUAUGGCGCAUUCUUCCAUCACGGGGAAUGAUCGCCUUCUUAGCACAAGCUUUAAGUAGCCCUAGAGCCCUAGGGGUUGGGGAAGCUUCCAAGGCGGAGCCCUAGGGCGCUGGGACGAGGGAAGGCGAGCCCUAGGGUUUCUGUGCGCGUCCUCUUCCGCGUCUGGCAUUGGAGGCGCUGAUUCGAGCGCCAUCGAUCUCCGGAUUCCAGAUUUCCGAUCCCAGUGAGUAGCCAGCUGCGUCGAUCGAUCGCAGGACGUAAUUUGUCGAGGAUAUUUCCAGAUUAUUUUGCCGGAGCUGGAUCAGGAUCUGACCGUAUUCUUUCUUCUUUUUCCACAUUCUUCACGGAUCGAGGCUGGUAGCGAUGGAAAAUCUCGUCUCGUUGGCAGAGGCUAUGCAGCAGGCUUCGUCGGUUUUGCUAGACGAUAAUGACGACUCCGCGCAGUAUACUACUUUUCUUAACGUUGUUACUAUUGGGAACACGGGUGCUGGAAAAUCUGCUGUUCUCAAUAGCAUCAUUGGCUACACCGUGAUGCCAACUGGAGAAAAUGGCGCUACGAGGGCUCCAAUUGUUGUUGAAUUGGAGCGUGACCAAUCGGAAGGUAAGGGAUUGGCGGUGAUGACAGAAGGGCGCGCUCGACCAUCGUCUGCAAACGAGAUUCGUCUCUCGUUGCAGUCUAGGAUAAGUAGAAUCGCGUCGAGCAGAAGCGGCCGGCCUGAGGAGAUUCGGCUUCGACUACGGUCAAGUGCAGCCCCACCUUUGACUUUAAUUGAUCUUCCUGGACUUGCAUCACUCGACGACCAAUUUGUUAAUGAAUAUGGAAGUCAUAACGAUGCUGUUCUGCUCGUUGUAGUACCUGCAACUUCCGUGCGAGAUAUCACGGGAUCGCAAGCUUUGAAAAUGGCAAGGGAGCUUGAUCCUGAAUUCUCAAGGACUGUUGGUGUGAUUAGCAAGGUUGAUCAAUCUGCCAGUGAUCCUAAAAGUUUAGCUGCGGUUCAAGCAGUUCUUUCUGGCCAAGGUCCAUCGGCGAGUGCAGACAUAACCUGGGUUGCUUUGAUUGGGCAAUCUGUGUCCAUAGCAGCAGCACAUGCGGGUUCUGUUGGAACCGAUGAUUCCCUGGAGACGGCCUGGAAAGCAGAAACAGAAACUUUGAGAUCCAUCUUAACUGCGGCCCCGUCAACACGAUUGGGGAGAGCAGCGCUAGUGGACGUGAUAUCUAAGCAGAUUCGGAAACGGAUUAGGCAAAGACUGCCAAGUCUUUUGUCUGGGCUCGAGGGAAGGCAGCAGGAGGUCGAAGGGGAGUUAGUGAGGCUUGGAGAACAAAUGGUUGAGACGGAAGAGGGUACCCGUGCGCUUGCUUUGGAACUUUGUAGAGAAUUUGAAGACAAGUAUAUUUUACACAUAAAUAGUGGAGAGACAGGCGGCUGGAGAGUGAUAUCAAGUUUCGAGGGCGCGCUUCCAAACAAGUUUAAAAAUUUACCACUGAAUGAUCUUUUCGACCUGAACUACUUGAAGAAGGUGGUUCUUGAAGCGGAUGGGUAUCAACCAUAUUUGCUCUCUCCAGAGAAAGGGCUGCGAGAGCUUGUACGAAGAGCUCUCGAACUUGCUAAAGAUCCUGGAAAGCAUUGCGUUGACGAGGUGCAUCACGUUUUAGUUGAUAUAGUCGCUGCAUCUGCAUCUUCGACACCAGGCUUAGGAAGAUACCCGCCUUUUAAACGAGAGGUUGUUGCUAUUGCAAGUGCCGCCCUUGAUGAGUACCGGACGCACGCCAAGAAGAUGGUAGUAGACCUUGUUGACAUGGAAAGGUCAUAUAUUCCACCACAGCACUUCAAUCGUCUUGCUCAAAGAAGGAUUGACAGGCUUCGAAGGGAAGAAGAGACAAAAACAAGAGUUUCGAAAAAAGCACAAGAUGCAGAGCAAGUACUUUUGAACAAGGCAGCAGGUCCACCAGUAAAUCAGACACCACCGCUGAAAUCUAUAAAAGGUCAAAGUGACAAAGACAAGGACAGCAAGGAUGGCAAGGAUGGUGCUCCAUCUUCAAUUGCCGGUGGCGAAAUUUCUGGAGUUUAUCUCAUGAAAAAAAGUACGAACAAGUCUGGUUGGAAAAAGCGUUGGUUUGUUUUAAACGAAAAGACUAACCGGCUUGGAUACACCAAGACUCCUGAUGAGAGACUUUUUCGCGGUGUCAUCAAUUUGGAGGAAUGUGCAAUCGAUGACGCGUCAGAAAAGGACGACGAUGACGCCCCGACAACAAAAUCAUCUAAAAAGGAGAGGGCGUCCGACUCUAGCAUCAGUCUUGCAUUCAAGAUUACAAACAAAGUUCCUUACAAAUCUGUCUUGAAAGCACACUCUUCGGUCGUCUUGAAAGCCGAAAGUAUAGCGGACAAGCAGGAAUGGAUUGCGAAGCUCCGGAAUUGUGCGCAAGGGACUCAGCAGCCGCCUGGCAAGUCAGCCUCUAUCGUGAAAGAACCUUCUCGUGCACCAGAGCCUGUGCAGGACACUGUGAUCAGAAGACCAGCCGAUCCGGACGAGGACCUCAGAUUCAUGGGCCAAGAAGUUCGCGACUACGUUGAGGCCGUGCUCAACAGCCUCUCGGCCAACAUCCCAAAGGCAGUCGUGCUUUGCCAAGUCGAGAAGUCGAAAGAUGCAAUGCUCAACAAGCUCUACAGCUCCAUCAGUAAAUUCUCGAGCGCCCAGAUCCAGGAGCUUUUGCAAGAGGCCCCCGACGUAAAGCGGAGGCGUGACAAAUGCCAGAGGCAAUCGCAAGUGCUAAACAAGCUCACACACCAGCUAAGUAUGCACGAAGCUCGCGUGUCUACUGGCAGUGGCUACACCGACACAGAUGGAUAUGGAUCACCAUCGAGUUCCAAAGGAGCCGGCGAGGAGUGGCGAGUGGCGUUUGAGUCCGCCAGCACUGCGCCACCGCCGAGCAAGUCUCUGAGCAUCAACGGACGAAUAGAUCGACGGCUCACGGCCACGGAAGAGAACGGUGACAUUGGUUCCAGCCGUCGGUCCACGCCCUCGAGGGCCGCUCCAGCGCCUCCGGGUUCUAUGUAUAGAGGAUGAUGACUAAACCGAGUCGGGGAGUUUUGAAAAUUUUUUGUGUGAUUUUCCACGGAUGGUUUGGUGGUGAAUAACUUUCCAUUUUGCUCUCCCUCUAUAGGUGCCCACGCUGCCGUAUUGUAAAUUGGCGGCCUUGUAUCGUUACAGUCAGCUCUGCCGUGUCUCGAUUAUAUAUAUGGUUUCUUUGUUUC